CUGCCCAACCCACUUCACCCUUUCCAGCCUUACCAUCAUUGCUUGGCAGCGCCAGCACCACUCUUCCUCCCACCAGUCCUCCUUACAGCAGUAUCGCCUCGAUAUCUCAAUUGCGCUUUCCGCCGGUCGGAAUCGUCAUUCACCUUAAUAUUCACUGUCGCCUUGUGUUUCAACCUUGUCAAACUUCUUCGAACCCAAGCCACAGCCACAGCCCCCGGACUGCGCUUACCGAACUCCAACAGACCGGAACUUAAUCUGUGUUGAAGAUCUACUAUUGGACCGGCAUAUUGCUACUACGGAUUCAAUAUCGACUUGCACUUCAGUAAUAGUCGACCUUCAUCCAUCUUUCAGCAACACACAUCACAAGCAAUCAUCAUGCCUUACUCAGCAAACCUUGCAAGGGAGAACAGUGCUGCGCUGGACUACUUCAUCCAGCAGCCUGUCUCUCAGGACAUGAUCUCAUACCUCGCACAGAAGGCCACACAAGUCAUCAGGUGUGAACCCUCGCUCGACAAGAGCCUGCCUCCUACACCACCCGCCUCUCCUCACCAGGCCAGGGAGCCCUUCCUACCAUCUAUCGAAGACUUCAUCACAUCCCUCGUCGAGCGCUCGCACGUUCAGGUCCCUACUCUGAUGACCAGCUUGGUCUACCUCUCCCGUCUCCGGUCUCGCCUUCCUCCUGUCGCCAAGGGCAUGAAGUGCACCACUCACCGCAUAUUCCUUGCUUCUCUCAUCCUCGCAGCCAAAAACCUCAACGACUCCUCGCCCAAGAACAAGCACUGGGCUCGCUACAGCGCUGUCCGCGGCUACGACAACUUCGGCUUCUCCAUCACCGAGGUCAACCUUAUGGAGAAGCAGCUCCUCUUCCUUCUCGACUGGGACCUGCGCAUCAACCCCGACGACCUUUACUACCACCUUGAGCCCUUCCUUGCGCCCAUCCGUGUCUGGCAGGCACGCCAGGCCGAGAAGGCCAGGCUCAUCGAGCAGGAGAAGGAGUACGCCCGCCAGCAGCAGUACCAGCUCACCGCUGAGAACCUCUCCUCUUACGAGUAUGCUUCGUAUGCCCCUCGCCAGCAGAAGUACGCCUACCACUCGUCCCGCGCAGCUUCGCGCACUCCUUCUCUGUCGCCUCCCACUCGCAGCGGCUCCGUCUCCACAACAUCCUCGCCAUCCAGCUUCCACGAUGAGCCCACCGAGGCCAUCAUGCACAGCUACGACCAGGGCGCCACCAUUGUACAUAUCAACGCACCUGUCACCCAGACCAGGCUGCAGCACUCGCUUCCCAUCUACGACGACAACAAGCCGGCGAAGAAGGCGAAGACGUCCGGUGGCUUCUUCAACAGGAUGUUCGCCGGCGCGUACGCGAGUCGCCAAGCGGCCUACUAAAAUUGCAUUCGCUUUCCCAUAUCAUCCACCUAGACCCACGAGUUUCUUUCGCAGUAGAUCUCAUCAAGAGAUGAAAACGAUUUGCAUGGACAUGAUAUGCCGAAAAGAUUGCCGGACAACCAUUCAACAUAUCAUCGCAUGAUACACGGCGUUCCAUUUGAAGCAUUUGCAUAGCACGCAUAGCAUUGCACGGCGUUUGGAGGAGUAUAAUCAUAUUAUUGUUCAAUAUUUCUAUCGGCCGGCGCGCCUCAAUA